UCAGAAGCCCCCUUUUUUCCCAAAUUAGGGUUCUAGAUUCUGCUGAAAAGGAACUACCCUAAUUUCACAAACCGCUUCUUGGAAUGGGUGGAAAGUGCCCUCACAGGAGCGUGAAGAAGCGCCGCUACUCUCACAAAACCGCUCGCCGCACGAAAUUUCUUGUCAAGGGCGACGACGCUGUUUAUGAUGAGCUUCACAAAGGGGAGGGAGAAAGGAAGCAAUUGCCAGUAGAUGAAGAUCUUCCGGGGAUGGGCCAGUAUUACUGUUUACACUGCGAUCGGUAUUUUGCUAGUGUGGCGGUGAGAGAUGAGCAUUUCAAGACCAAGCGACACAGGAAGCGUUUGAAGCAAAUGAUGGGGCCUGCUCCUCACACCCAACUUGAUGCUGAAUUGGCCGCUGGGAUGGGGAUGCCAGACAAUGGUCCAAAGUUGAUGUCAAUGUGAAGUUAUGGUUUCGUUAAUACAGUCAGUCUGUGUGGCAAACAGCUCUCUUGUUUUUUUUUUAAUUAUUAUUAUUAUUUAUCAAGAUGCAUUUCUAAGACAAUGUUAGAGCGUACAAUUUUCACCAUCAGAUUAUAUAAUUUGUUUUACCAUAAAUAGUUUGAUCUGUAGGCAGCUACUAGCGCUGUCAAUGAUUAUUGUGCAUCUGGUUCACAAUGCUGCAAUAGUUAUCUUUCCGAAA